AUGGCUAGUGCAGACGGUGGAGCAUACAGCUACUCCCUUACUGUGUUCUCGCCGAGUGGGAAACUCGUGCAAAUUGAGCAUGCCUUAGCAGCAGUCUCGUCCGGAACAACGAGUCUUGGAAUUAAAGCUUCCAAUGGCAUUGUCAUCGCAACGGAGAAGAAAUCAUCCUCUAUUCUCAUCGACGAUUCAAUGCUGGAUAAGGUCGCCGUGAUCUGUCCUAAUAUCGGAAUAGUAUACUCCGGGAUGGGUCCAGACUCUCGUGUCUUGAUAUCCAAAGCUCGGAAGAGUGCACAAGCAUACUGGAAGAUGUACGGGGAAUACCCUCCCACGCGUGUACUUACGCAGGAGAUUGCCACAGUCAUGCAACAAGCAACUCAAUCAGGAGGUGUGAGGCCUUACGGCGUGUCUCUUUUAGUCGCCGGUUGGGACAUCACUCGCGGUCCGACAUUAUACCAAGUGGAUCCCUCAGGCUCAUUUUGGGCGUGGAAAGCCAGUGCCAUUGGCAAAAAUAUGGUCAACGCUAAGACGUUCUUAGAAAAACGAUAUAACGACGACAUCAGUCUUGAAGACGCGAUUCACACAGCGCUGCUGACGUUGAAGGAGGGUUUUGAAGGGCAGAUGACUGAGAAGACUAUUGAAAUUGGCGUGGUCACGGUUCCGACAGCUGAAGAGUUGGAGGAAGGAAAGAUCGGAGGGGAGACAGGGAGACCGAAACCUACUUUCCGGAAACUAACCGAAGAAGAGGUUCGCGACUACCUUGCUCUUUAGUUAGCUGCAGGUGGCUCUUGAUGACAAAGUGUCGUAUCUUUGUAUUUCUAAUGACUUUCGUCGAAUUAAACGGAGAUGAUUCAAGAAAAUGCGACAAGUGGCAGACUUACUUCGUUUAUCUAGACUGCUGCCAGUCCGCUUGGCCUGUCAGAGCCUAGUAACUUGCACCAGUCUUCUCGGACAUCAUGCAUCAUGUCACGUCCAAAUCAACCUCUCAGAUCUGGCUCAAAAUGACCUAUAAAGCAAUAUGCGCGUUACAUACGUCUCCAAGCGGUGCCAUCGUUACGGAUUGUGGUUUUGCGACUUUCAUAAACUUUUUUACAUGAAUGGC